GCCUCCGAAGCAGACCUUGUGGAUCAUGCAAUCCAGAGACUUUGACCAAGAUGCAAGAAAAUGGAGAAUACUAUCCAUAUUCUCAUUAAACUUUUUAUUUUUAAACUGAAUAUUUGUUAAUAAAAUAAUAAACUCUUUUUUUUUUCUGACUGCAGAAAUUUCGAUUUUCAGAUUGUACUGGCAGCAACAGUUUCAGAAAUCCAUUGCCGGUUCUUGACACAUGUUUUGUCACCCCAAAUUCAUGCCGUUUUUCCAAGCUCCUAAGCUGCUAGUGCAAGCAAUUGUGAUCUGUAGCAGCCUUAUACAGGUUCAAUGCUUAAACUUCAGUUAUCCAUCAUUCAGCGGUGCAGAUGCCAAUGAAUUUGUAAGUCUUAGUUCCUUGAUCAUCAACGAUGUCAUUGAAGUGAGUCCUCUUAUCACAGAUGCAUCAGGAAGAGUCCUGUAUAAGGAACAACUUAAACUAUGGGAUAAGCUGAGAGGCACCAAGUCAUCAUUCAUCUCAACCUUUGUGAUUAACAUCAGGCCCCAGACCUCUCCUGGCGGUGAGGGACUUGCCUUCAUAUUAACUGACAACCCUGCUCUCCCUAACGACAGUGGACGUCAAUGGCUUGGGAUUGUUAAUGCAAGUACCAUAAAUGUUAACAACAUAGUUGCUGUGGAAUUUGAUACAAGGAAGAGUGAUUCCGAGGAUGUAGAUGAUAACCAUGUUGGAGUAGAUGUGAAAAAUAUAUAUUCCAUCAAGCAAGAACCAUUAGCAGGCCAUGGUGUUAAUCUUUCAAGUGGUGAAGAUAUCACUGCUAGAAUCCAGUAUGAUGCAAAAUCUGAUAAAAUGACUGUUUUUGUGAUGUUAACUAGAACAGGUCAACUGAACAUAGGGAACCCUAUUUUCACCGUGGAACUUGAUUUGUCUGAAAAUCUUCCGGAGGAUGUUUUUGUGGGAUUUUCUGGUUCAACUGGAGAGCAUACCCAGGUCAAUUCUCUAAAGUCCUGGAAUUUCACCAGUUUUGAAGUUAGAGUUAAAAGUAGAGUCAAUCUUCUUUGGCUUUGGAUCUUGAUUCCAAUAAUAGUUAUAAUUUUGAUAGGAGGAUUUUCCUACUUCUUGUUUCGAAGACGCAAAAACAGAAUAAAACAAAAGGACGAUGAUGAAUUGGAGAUUCAGCAAGAAAUUCAAAGGUCAUCUAGUGCUCCCCAAAAGUUCAGACUGAAGGAACUUAUAGCUGCCACAGGUAAUUUCAAUGUUAAAAACAAACUUGGCAGUGGAGGAUUUGGCACCGUCUAUAAAGGAAUUUUGAGAAAGGAGGAGGUAGCCGUGAAAAGAAUUCAAAAGAACACACGCCGUGGAAAGCAGGAUUUUAUAGCAGAAGUGACCACCAUUAGCAACCUCCACCACAAGAACCUUGUUAAACUAUUCGGUUGGUGCUAUGAAAGCAAUGAACUACUCCUCGUUUAUGAGUUCAUGCCAAAUGGGAGUCUAGACAGGUUCAUAUAUAGGAAUACAAUUCCAAACAAUUUGUAUAAAACUCUGAAUUGGGUAACGAGGCACAAUAUCAUUUGUGGAGUAGCUAAGGCGUUGGACUAUCUGCAUAAUGGUUGUGACAAAAGGGUUAUUCAUCGAGACAUAAAAUCCAGUAACAUAAUGUUAGAUUCAGACUUCAAUGCUCGAUUGGGAGAUUUUGGACUAGCCCGAACCAUUCAAUUGAAUGAGAAAACACACUACUCAACCAAGGGGAUAGCAGGAACACCCGGAUACAUGGCUCCAGAAAGUUUCCAUACCGGUAAGGCAACUGUUGAAACUGAUAUCUAUGCAUUUGGAGUACUAAUACUGGAAGUUGUGAGUGGGAGAAAACCAGGACACCAAAAUGAGCAGAACAGCUACAACAGCAGCAUUGUAGAGUGGGUGUGGGAACAACACAGGUUGGAAAAGCUUGGUGAUGUUAUAGAUCUUCAAUUAAACAAGGACUUCGAUGCGGAUCAAGCACAGUGUAUUCUUCUGUUGGGGCUGGCCUGUUGCCAUCCAAACCCGUACGAGAGGCCCUCUAUGAGAACUGCUUUGCAGGUUCUUACAGGGGAAGUAGCUCCACCGUCUGUGCCUGCUGAGAAGCCUGCAUUCAUUUGGCCGGCCAUGGUUCCAACCAUUGGAGAAGAGAUGGAUAACUCCAUCACCGGAGGUCAACUUACCACAACAACGGAACUCAGUGGCAGGUGAUAAGUGCAUGUAUCUCAUAUUUAAUAACAGAAAACUGAGUUCGGAUUCUCUUUCCUACAUUUAAAAAAAAAAACUUCUCUUUCUAUUAAAAUUAAACAUCCGCUCGUAGGGUUGAUUAUUAAUAAAUCAUGAAAUAGGGAAGGAUAAAAAAAUUUAUUAGUUCAAAACAUCUAUUCUUUACUUAAAUGUGUUAAUCAUCUUUCAUAAACUUCACUUGUUUGUUAUCUACUAACAUUAACAAUGAAGCAAAGUUAGGAGAUGGCUGGCGUAAUUAAACCCCAAUGCUGACUCUUCUUCAAUCCUCCCACAAUUUCUAUCUACUAUUCCAAUUCAAAGAAAGCUCAUGUAAAUACUUGCUUCACCUCUUUCUUAUGGUAGUGCUUCUACUCUGUAAUUUUAUACCUAUCUACAUUUUCUAGGGAAUAUUCUCCAACUAAUGGGUUUGGUUAAGAAUCACUUUAAAGUUUAAUGUAAGUAAGAUUUACAAGUAGAGUUUACUUUUGACAAAAAAAAAA